AUGCAAAGGAGCUCCAUUCUUGGGAAUCAGAACUGGUGGAAUAUCCCUGUCCCCUAUGUGCUGAGUGUGAAUCUGAGUAUGAACUAUAAAGGGGUUAUUUUGAGAGCCUUUGAGCAGUUCAGACUGAAAUCAUGUAUUGAUUUUAAGCCAAGGACAGCAGAAUACUUUUACAUCUCUGUGGAAAAACGUGAAGGGUGCUGGUCAUACAUUGGGCGAGUAACUGCUUUAGGCCAGACUAUUUCCAUUGGAGAUGGCUGCGGAUAUAAAGCCAUUGUUGAGCAUGAGUUUCUCCAUGCACUGGGAUUCUACCAUGAGCAGUCAAGAUACGACAGAGAUGAUUAUGUGACAAUCGUCGACAAAAACAUUAUAAAAGGGUAUGAAAUCAAUUUCAAUAAAUACAGUGAGAGCUUCACAAGCACCCUGGGCACCCCAUAUGACUACACAUCUGUGAUGCAUUAUGAUAAAAAUGCCUUCAGCAAAGGGAAUGGAUCCACAAUCCUUACCAACCUUCCUGAAUUUCAAGAUGUGAUUGGUCAGCGCAUAGACAUGAGUGAAUACGAUGUGACUGAGCUCAACAAACUCUAUAAAUUCUAUUCGUCCAUUUCUUUCCUUGACCACUGUAGCUUUGAUAAUGAAACUCUGUGUCAAAUGAGUGCCUGUUCUACUUCUGAAAAUGGAUGGCAGAGAGUGAGCUCAGUGAGUGGGCACAAUGUGACUGAUCACACCUACUUGGGCAAACAGCCAAAUGAGAGCUCUUUCUUCAUGCACUCCAGCACUAAGGCUGGAAUAGAGUGGGAAUCAAGCAUAUUGGAGAGUAAGAUAAUGACCCCCAGAAGAGACUGCAAAGUCCAGUGCCUGCAGUUCUACUAUUACCACAGUGGUAAUGAGAAUGACCAGCUCUGCAUCUGGAUCAGAGAGUACCAGGAUGAAAAUGACAGCAGAGGAACUCUCAGACUUAUGGAUCAGAUCUCAGAACCACCUGCUAAAUACUGGCAGCUGCAUCAUGUAACACUGAAUGCAAAUAAAACCUUCCGAGUUGAAUUUGGAGCACGUAGAGGAGCUGGAAACUCCAGUGGAGGUUUCUCACUGGAUGAUAUCAAUAUUUCAGAGACUGAGUGCCCCCAGAUAUGGCAGAUAAGGGACUUUGAGAAGCUUUGGAACAACACUAAGCCUGGCAAAUACAUAUACAGUCCAUUGUUUUACUCUAAUGAUGGUUAUCGCUAUCAGGUUUUCUUAGUGCUGUCUGUGAAUUUCUUUGGAAUUUAUGUUCGUCUGGUAUCUGGUGCAUUUGACAAUCAGCUACAGUGGCCUUGUCCAUGGAGGCAAGUGACCUUCCAGGUGCUUGACCAGAAUCCACACAUUCAGAAGCGGAUGUCCUAUGAGCAAAGCUUCACAACUGACCCAACUACUGUUUCAACAGAUGGCCGUUAUUUCUGGGACAAUCCUCGAAAUACUGGAGCUCCAACUGUCAUUGACAAUGAGACUGUAUAUGUGAGUGGUGGAUGGGGCUAUGGAACUUUCAUGUACAAAAUUGACUUCACUCGAAGAGAGUUUAUCAAGGGUGGUGACAUCAUCUUUCUUUUCAGCAUGCAAGAUAUCUCAGGGCUACUUCAGGAUAACUCUCUACCCUGCCCAAAAGUGACAGUGAAGAGCUUCAACGUUUCUCUUGAUGAAAAGAGUGUCUGGACAUAUUUUGUAGUUCCAGUGUGA